UCUCUCUCUCACUGUAAAACAACAACCAGCUUUUGCCCUUCUCUAACUAACUUCAAAUAUUCCAUUCCCCCAUAAAAUUAGGGUUUUUUUCCAUAAAAUUAGGGUUUUUUUCUCUUGACGUUUUCCCCUAAUUCUAAUUCCUUACUUCUCUGCACUUCCUCCGAUGCUAUUAAUAACUAUAACUCCAACUAGGGUUUUUCGUAACCGGACCCAAUGUUGAGCACUUGCUCUCAUUCUCUCUCUCACCGUCCCAUUCUCUUACCUUCCGUUUCUAAACUUAGGGUUUCCAAUCGACCUGCCCCAUUUUCUCUCUCCCGUACUUCUCGGAUCUUCGAUUCUAAUUUCAAGUUCCCCAGAAAUAAAUGGAAAAUUUCGUGUUUUAGGCGCGAGGAAAUAUCACCAGAAAGCUCAAAGCCCGAAUUUAUAGAACAUUUGUUGCCAGAGGAAUUGGUUAAACCUGAAGUCGAGAAGUCAAAAUCCGGUAAAAGAGAUUGGGCAUCAACUCUUCGAGAGGCUUCAGAUGCAGUGUUAAGGGCCAUUGGGAGCCGGUGGACUGUACCAUGGACAGCAGAAACUAUAUUACAAGUAAUGCUUUUAUGGGUUGCGGCAUUUUGGUUCAUAGGGUCUUGGGUGAUUCCUUUUGCAGCCCAUAUAGCAGGUUUCAGCAAGGAUUCUCUGACGUUUAGAGGACAGGCCUUAUUCAGCCUCGUGACUGAUGUAACUGAAGGGCUUGCUGGCAUUGCUAUCCUCCAUCGCUGCCUGUCUCGGUUUCAUCCCCUUCCAUCUGAUUGGUUUAGAUUUAGCUUGAGGGGAACCUGGCAAUUUGAUGUUGCACUGGGAUGUCUCAUGUUUCCUCUGGUGAAUCGGCUCUCACAAUUCAACCUGAACUUGUUGCCCCUUAUGCCCUCUGCACCUGUCACUAUCUCAAGUGUUGAGCAGUCAAUAAUGGCACGGGAUCCGGUUGCAAUGGCAUUAUAUGCAAUAGUAGUGUCCAUAUGUGCUCCUGUCUGGGAAGAGAUUGUCUUUCGGGGUUUCCUUCUCCCUUCGUUGACCAAAUACAUGCCUGUAUGGUGUGCAAUACUGGUGAGUUCAGUUGCCUUUGCUCUAGCGCAUUUCAAUGUACAGAGAAUGCUACCGCUUAUAUUUCUUGGUGUGGUUAUGGGUCUUGUAUUUGCACGAUCAAGGAAUCUGUUGCCAUCUAUGCUCUUGCAUAGCCUCUGGAAUGGCUUUGUGUUCUUAGAUUUAAUGAGAUAGCCUCUAGUUUUGUACUUCA